CUAUUUGGACAAAUCAAAUUCACCACCAAACUCCACAUCCAAAGCUGCCUAUGUAGAUAAGCUAAUGAGGCCUCUCAAUGCUUUGGAUGAACUUUAUCGACUGGUAGGCUCAUUUAUCAGAUCAAAACGCACAGCUGCUUGUGCAAACACAGCCUGCAGCGCCUCUGGAGUUGGACUGCUGUCAGUUUCUUCUGAGCUGUGCGACAGGCUGGGAGCUUGCCACAUCAUCAUGUGCAGCAGCGGAGUGCAUCGGUGCACCCUGAGUGUGACACUGGAGCAAGCCAUCAUUCUAGCCAGGAGCCAUGGGCUGCCUCCUCGCUACAUUAUGCAGGCUACAGAUGUGAUGCGGAAGCAGGGAGCAAGAGUUCAGAACACAGCAAAGAAUUUGGGAGUGAGAGACCGGACCCCUCAAUCAGCUCCAAGGCUGUACAAGCUGUGCGAGCCCCCUCCCCCGGCUGGAGAAGAAUGA